AUGGUUCAACGACUUACUUUUCGUCGUAGACUGUCUUACAACACAAGGAGUAACAGCAGGAGGGUAUCAAAGACUCCUGGUGGUAAAUUGGUUUACCUAUACACAAAGAAACCUGGCAGUGUUCCAAAAUGUGGAGACUGUAAAAUUAAACUACAUGGGAUCACACCAGCCAGACCUUUGAAGCUGAUGUCCAUGUCACGACGUAUGAAGACAGUGACACGCUGCUAUGGAGGGAGCUGCUGUCACAGAUGUGUUCGUGAAAGAAUUGUUCGGGCUUUCCUAAUUGAAGAACAGAAGAUUGUUGUUCGUGUAUUGAAAGCCCAAGAGGCCUCCAAAAAAUAAAAUGUCAAAUAGCUA